GAUGAAGCGUUGCCUGAAGGAUUCAGUCAGCAAUUUGGUGAAGAACAGCAAAAAACUAGAGCAAAGUUUUAUUCUCCUUUGCCACGGUGUGAAACUUCCCAGGUGCCAAACAAUAAAAAAAAGGAAGAUGAUACUGAACGAAAGGUAAACACAGAAAAACAAAAAGAUAUCAGCAUGAAGGAAUGGAUCCUGCAGUAUGCAGAGCAACAGAGUGAUGAGGAGAAAACUGAGUCUGUAAAAAAUUCAGAUGAAGAAAAAUUUGAUCCGAAUGAAAGGUAUUUGCACUUGGCUGGGAAACUUGUGGAAGCAAAAGAACAAGCCAGUUCUUCUAAGCAAGACAAAAACAAGCAAGGACAGAAGGUGGCACAAGAAAAAAUAAAGCGCAUGCAGCAAGAAAUGGCAGUACUGGAAGAACAUCCUGUGUUCAAUCCUGCUAUAAAAGUUUCAAACCAACCUAGUGAAAAGAAAAAGGCACCUGUAUCUCUUGAAGUGGAAGGUGCUUUAAAUUUAAAAAUGCUUGAAAAACCUCAGGCUUCUGAAGAACAAAAAGUGAAAAAAAGAGAACCACAAGACAUCAGGAAUUUUGAUUAUACUACUCGAAGUUGGACUGGGAAAUCACCAAAGCAGUUUUUGAUUGAUUGGUGCAGAAAACAUUAUCCCAAAUCUCCAAACCCUUCUUUUGAAAAAGUUCCAGCAGGGAGGUAUUGGAGGUGUAGGGUGAGAGUUACCAAGUCAGCUGAUGAUACAAUGGUGGUGUGUCCAACAAUCCUAACGGAGGAUAGCAUGCAGGCUCAGCAUCUGGCAGCUACAUUAGCACUUUAUCAUUUAACAAAAGGGCAGUCUGUCCAUCAGUUGCUUCCUCCUACCUACAGAGUUGUUUGGUUAGAAUGGAGUGAUACUGAAAAGAAAAAGGAAGAAGAAAACAAGAUGGAAACCAACAAGCCCCGUGACCAAUUCAUUGCUAAACUGUUAAAUAAACUGAAACAGCAACAGACCCAGCAGCAGUUGGAAAGCCAGCCCAAAGUGUCAGAAGAUGCAGAGGAUUCUUGGGAAAACUUAGUUUCUGAAGAUAACUUUACUGGGCUCUCUCUUGAGAGCCCUGUUACAGAUGACUUGGGUCCAGUGAGGUCCCUCUUUAAAAAAAUGCAGAGUACUCCUAAGUACCAGAGGCUUUUAAAGGAGAGAGAGCAGUUACCUGUAUUUAAAUACAGACAUUCCAUUAUAGAAACCCUUAAAAAGCACCGUGUUGUGGUUGUAGCUGGUGAAACAGGCAGUGGCAAAAGUACCCAAGUUCCACAUUUUUUGCUGGAGGACUUGCUGCAUAAUGAGAGAAGUCUGAAUAAAUGCAAUAUUGUUUGUACCCAACCUCGAAGGAUCUCAGCAGUGAGUUUGGCGACUCGAGUGUGUGAAGAACUGGGCUGUGAAAGUGGACCUGGUGGAAGAAAUUCCCUCUGUGGCUAUCAAAUCCGUAUGGAAUCCCGAACAGGCGAUGCCACUAGACUGCUUUACUGUACAACAGGAGUUCUUCUACGGAAGCUGCAAGAAGAUAUCCUCCUUUCCAAUGUGUCCCAUGUUAUAGUAGAUGAGGUUCAUGAAAGAAGUGUUCAGUCAGAUUUCUUGUUAAUUAUUCUGAGGGAGAUCUUGCACAAGCGAUCAGACCUGCAUCUUAUUUUGAUGAGUGCCACCGUGGACAGUGAGAAAUUCUCCACCUAUUUCACUCAUUGUCCCAUCCUGAGAAUUUCAGGAAGGAGUUAUCCUGUAGAGGUUUUCCAUGUUGAAGAUGUGAUAGAGGAAACGGGUUUUGUUCUGGAGAAAGAUUCUGAAUAUUGUCAGAAAUUUUUGGAGGAAGAGGAAGAAAUGACAAUAAAUGUUACUACUAAAGGAGGAGGAAUUAUAAAAUAUCAGGAAUGUGUCCCGGUCCAGGCUACACAAAGCCUUGAUUUAGGCCCUUAUUACCAAAAGUAUAGCAGUCGAACUCGGCAAGCCAUCUUUUAUAUGAAUCCCUACAAAAUCAACUUUGAUCUAAUUUUAGAAUUACUUGCAUUUUUAGACAGAGCUCCCCAAUUCAAAAAUGUAGAAGGAGCUGUCUUGAUUUUUUUACCAGGCCUUGCUCAUAUUCAACAGUUGUAUGACCUAAUUUCAACUGACAGAAGAUUUGAUCUAAGACAGAGACACCAGUUAAUAGCAUUGCAUUCUGUUCUAUCCACUCAAGAUCAAGCUGCUGCAUUUACACUUCCCCCACUUGGUGUUAGAAAGAUUGUUUUGGCCACCAAUAUUGCUGAGACAGGUAUUACUAUACCUGAUGUUGUUUUUGUAAUCGACACAGGGAGGACAAAAGAAAACAGGUACCAUGAAAGCAGUCAGAUGAGCUCACUGGAAGAGACUUUUGUCAGUAAAGCUAGUGCACUACAACGUCAAGGGAGAGCUGGGCGUGUCAGAGAUGGAUUCUGCUUUCGAAUGUACACCAAAGACAGAUUUGAAAGUUUCCUAGACUACUCCGUUCCAGAAAUACUGCGGGUGCCCUUGGAAGAACUGUGCCUUCACAUCAUGAAAUGUAAUCUUGGCUCUCCUGAAGACUUCCUCUCCAAGGCCUUAGAUCCACCUCAGGCACAAGUAGUUGGUAAUGCCAUGAACCUUCUACGGAAGAUCGGGGCUUGUGAAUUAAGUGAACCAAAGCUUACUCCUUUAGGUCAACAUCUUGCAUCAUUGCCAGUCAAUGUAAAGAUUGGUAAAAUGCUUAUAUUCGGUGCUAUUUUUGGCUGCUUGGAUCCAGUGGCCACUCUUGCUGCUGUAAUGACAGAAAAAUCUCCAUUUAUUACACCAAUUGGAAGAAAAGAUGAAGCAGAUCUUGCAAAAUCUUCUCUGGCAUUGGCAAGUUCAGACCACUUGACAAUUUACAAGGCAUAUCUCGGAUGGAAAAGGGCCCGUCAUGAAGGAGGGUAUCGUGCUGAAAUGACUUACUGCAGGAGAAAUUUCCUCAAUAGAACUUCAUUAUUAACGUUGGAGGAUGUAAAACAAGAGCUAAUCAGGGUGGUCAGAGCGGCAGGCUUUUCAGCACCCUCAUGUCAUCAUGAAGAAACACAUUCCCUCUCACUGCAAGAAAUGAUCCUGCUUAAAGCUGUGCUGACUGCAGGACUGUAUGACAAUGUGGGGAAGAUAUUGUAUACCAAGUCUGUGGAUAUUACUGAGAAGUUGGCAUGCAUGACAGAGACUGCUCAGGGUAAAGCACAAGUGCACCCUUCUUCUGUGAACAGGGAUCUGCAGACCUAUGGGUGGUUGCUGUAUCAAGAAAAGAUUAGGUAUGCCAAGGUGUAUUUGAAAGAGACUACUUUGAUUUCCCCCUUCCCAAUUUUACUAUUUGGUGGAGAUAUAGAAGUCUUGCAUCGUGAACGCCUUUUGUCUGUUGAUGGCUGGAUCCAUUUUCAGGCUCCUGUAAAAAUUGCAGUCAUUUUCAAACAACUGAGAACACUCAUCGAGUCUGUAUUAAAGCAAAAACUUGAAAAUCCUAAAAUGUCACUUGAAGAUGAUAAGAUUUUGAACAUCAUCAAAGAACUGAUAAAAACAGAAAAUACUAUAUGAAGGAAGAAUUGGCUGUGACAAUGGAGUCACAAUAAUCAAAAGAAGAAAAGUACACUUAAAUAAAGAACAUGCUUGCAUAAAAAGAUAUAAUGCCAAACAUCAUGUGGAAACUGUUCAGACUUUGCAUAACUACAUUUUGUAUAUCAUUCUGUGAAUAAUAGGAACACAUUCUAAAAUAGAAAAUAAAUGUGAGUGCCCCAACUUCAAAUGUUCUUAAAUGAUGGCAGCAACUCAGAAGGUUUCAUAUAAACAUGAUGAAUUCAUAGUUUAAUUUCUGUGCAAAGCAUAUCAUAUCUUGACUGAAUUUUCAAGAUCAGAAUUUGAAUUUGUGAAUUAGAUUUAAGUGUUCUUUGGGAAGGCAUAAUGAAGAAGUGGAAGCCUUCCUUUCUUUGCCAAAAUUUGUGCCACAUAAUUAUUCACUAGAUUUUUAUCUACAUCAUGGUAAGUUGAAAUAAUUUAUUUUAAGAAAUUGUGAUAUUUCAGAUAUUAUCUGCAUGACAAGUUUGAGAAAACAAACUACAGAUUAACAUUUCCAGAAGCUGUUAGCUUUGAAGUCCCAAUAAUAACUUAGAACCCAUCUUCUCUUCAAUUGAAAUUCUGUGCCUGAAUUGAGUAUGUACCAAACAUGUAUUUUUAAAGUAGUUAGUAUCAAGAGCAUUAAGGAAUUAGCACAAUUUUCUUCUUUAGAAGAAAAGAAGCAAAGGAAGAAAAGGUAUAAAAAUUACCUUUGUAUAACCCUAAAUCUUAGAGGAAUUUUUCUUAUCCUGAUUCUUCCUCAUUCUAAGCAUACAUUUGUCUUCCUCUAUGUUUUUCCAGCUACUUCUAAAUGUGGAACAGUGUUCAGUCAUCAAUUACCAGCUUUGAAAACUGUAAUCAAGCCAAAUAAAAGUCUUGCACUCAGAA